AUGAACAUUGCCAUUGUGACUGUGGACGCCUUUACCGAGCAUCGGUUUGGCGGGAACCCGGCCGGGGUGGUGGUGACGGCGGCGGCGCUGUCGGAGGAGGCGCAGCAGGCGUUGGCGACCGAGAUGAACCUCGCCGAGACGGCGUUUGUGGUUGUCCGUGGCGCGACGGACGGCGAGCUCGAUGCCGAGCUGCGGUGGUUUACGCCUGUGGCUGAGGUUGCGCUCUGCGGGCACGCUACGCUUGCGGCGGCGCACGUGCUCCUCCACACGGCACAGGCCGACGAGGCGCUGGCGGGUCUCGGCAUCGAUCGCGCCGGCCUCGAGCGAGUGGCGUUUGAGAGCCGGCAGUCGGGCACGCUGACAGCGCGCCGGGCGGGUGACGGGAGCGCGCGCAUCGUUCUCGACUUUCCGGCCGAGGCUGCCAUCGGCCCUGUGGCCGAGGACGUAGCGGCGGCAGCGGCGCUGGCUCUGCCCGAGGCUGUGCGCGGCAGCAUUCGCGAAGUUGUCUACAACCGUAUGGACGUGAUGGUGGUGCUCGAUUGCGCUGCGUUCGACUCGCCGGCCGCGUUUGCAAGCAUGGACGUUGAUCUGUCGGCGGUGGCGGCGGUGGAGACCCAACGCGGGGUGGUGGUGACGACUUCGUUCUGGACUCCGGAGAGUGACGCGGAAACGCCACAUUUUGUCUCGCGGUGCUUCUUCCCGUGCCUCGGCGUGCCCGAGGACCCCGUGACCGGCUCGGCGCAUUGCUUCAUGGGCCCGUACUGGGCGGUUAAGCUGAAUGUGGGAGCCGGGCCGCGAAUGGCGGCGAUCCAGAUGAGCAAGCGGGUCGGCCACGUCGGGGUCCGGGUCACCGACGCCGGGCGUGUCGAGCUCGACGGCGCGGCGGUCGCCGUGGGGCGGUACGAGGUGCUUGAGCCGAUUGCGUGA